CAUUUGACUGCUCGUGUACGGAUCUAAUCGUGUCUCAUUUAAUAACUCAAUUGUAACAAUGCUACGGUUCGUCUCGCUUCGUCUGAAGAUGCCUUUCACGUUAUAAAGUGACUCUCAUCGAAAGAAGCUAUACACUUACGAUGGGCAAGCUUUUGAGUCUUUUGGCUCGAGAUGAGUCUACUUGUUGCACCCCUCAGAAGUAUGAUGUCUUCUUGGAUUUCGAAAAUGCACAACCGUCGGACAUCGAACGUGAAACAUUCGAGGCGGUGCAAAGAGUGCUGAAAAAUUCAGAGUCCACUUUAGAAGAGAUACAGUGUUACAAAGGAGCCGGGAAAGAAAUCAGAGAGGCAAUCUCGGCACCCACGGAGGAAUGUCAACGAAAAGCAUACCUAACUGUGGCACCUCUUGUAGCAAAACUCAAACGAUUCUACGAAUUUUCCUUGGAACUCGAAAGGAUUGUACCGAAAAUUCUGGGACAAUUAUGCUCGGGAAACCUUUCACCGACGCAACAUCUGGAGACGCAACAGGCACUAGUGAAGCAAUUGGCGGAGAUAUUGGAAUUUGUACUGAAGUUCGACGAGUAUAAAAUGAAAACGCCGGCGAUUCAGAAUGACUUCAGCUACUAUCGUAGAACAUUGACGAGGGCAUCGCUGACGUGUCAGGACAACGCCGAAAAGGACCUAGUUGUUGGGAACGAACUCGCUAACCGAAUGUCCUUGUUUUACGCCCACGCGACACCCAUGCUUCGAGUUCUGAGUCACGCGACCAUUACUUUCUUGAUGGACAACGAAGACAUAGCCAGGGAAAACAUUACAGAAACGCUUGGUACAAUGGCAAAAGUGUGUCUUCGAAUGUUGGAAAACCCGAAUUUGUUGGCGCAAUUCCAACGAGAGGAAACUCAGCUCUUCGUCUUGAGGGUUAUGGUAGGUUUGGUGAUUCUCUAUGAUCAUGUACAUCCCCAAGGUGCCUUUGUAAAGGGUUCAAACGUGGAUGUCAAAGGCUGUGUGAAAUUAUUAAAGGACCAGCCGCCUUGUAAAAGUGAGGGCCUUCUGAACGCCCUCCGUUAUACCACAAAACACUUGAACGAGGAGAACACGCCAAAGAACAUAAAGAAUUUGCUCGCCGCAUGAUUACCGAAACAACGUGGUUGUUGCAUCAGAAGCUGAGACUGCUGACCGCACUUCCUUGCAGAUACUUUUCGAACGGUAUCGUUUCAAACGAUCGUCUUUGUUAGUUCCGCGCUUAAAGUGCAAUCCGCGUCAGGCUUCCUCCUUGCAUGCGUAUGGCGAAUGGUGGACCACACGCGUGUCCUCGAUAAAGCUCUAUAUCGAAAGCUGCCCGAAAACUGCCGAGACAGAUGAAGUCUUCGAACAACAAUCAUUAAAUGACACGAUAACAUAACGAUCGAUUUUGGCAGAACAAUCAU